AUGGCCGCUACUGCCAAAUCCCUUUCCUCACUGCUCGCGCAAGCCUCGAUCGAAGACCACGACGAAGUGCUAAAGGCUGCAAAUGCUGCCAUUAAAAAGUCAAAGAGCGAUCAGGAUGCGCAACAUACCAAAGCUGUAGCGCUGCUGCAUCUGGACCGAUACGAGGAUGCGUUGACGGUUUUUGAGGCCACGACAGAGUUGCAGACGAAGGCGCGAUUCGAAUAUGCAUAUGCGCUCUAUAAAACAGGCAAUGCGGCCAAGGCCGUCGAGGUAGUCCAGGCGGCGGGACCAGAUUCAGGUCGCGGAAUGAAGCAUAUGCUGGCCCAGGCUGCAUACCGCUCGGAAAACUUCGCACAGGCAAUAAGAAUCUACAAGGAACUCGCAGACCAGAACGACGAAAGGGAGGAGUAUGACAUCCGAAUCAACUCCGGGGCCGUGGACGCACAAUUGGAGUGGACAGGACAAGGCGAGCUGGCACAGAAGAAGCAGCCCACACGAGAGGAUCUGGAGGUUUUUGAAACGGCUUUCAAUGCUGCGUGCGGCAGCAUAUCACGCAACGAGUUUGGACAAGCCCACGUGUGUUUGAAGCGUGCCAAGGAUCUUUGCAAUGCGCUUUCGGACCUCAGUGAAGAAGAGAAGCAGGCUGAACUAUUGCCAAUUACAGUCCAGCAGGUCUACGUUCUGAUACAGUUGGGCAAGCUUGAUGAGGCCGAAGAAUUGGCUACCAAGAUUCCCUUUGCCGACAUCAAAGAAUUAUCAACACGCUACAUUGCUCAAGUCAACAGCAUUGCCGCCUCCAAGAAGCUUUCGAACCCGUACCUAUCGCAUCGUCUUUUCCACGCAUCGCCACAGCCCCCAGUCACCGACCAGCACUUUUCCUACCAGUCUAACAUACUGCGACAGGAUGAAUAUGUCAUGUCGCUGCUCUCACAAAAGGUGGAUGGUGUCGCAUCAUCAACCGAGAAAGUCAUCGCUGCCUCUCCUGCCCCCUCGCUGUCUCCUGCAGUCAACAUGGCGGCAGUCCUCAAUGCAGCAGCCCACGUAAGGAAUGCAGAGACGGAGAAAGCUGCCCUCAAAGAGAUUGUUCCGCUACUAGAAAAGAGACCAAAUGAUGUUGGUCUUAUACUAACAAUAACACACCUAUACGUCAUCACAAACAACUACGCUGCAGCGACCCAUCUCCUAGAAUCCUUCUUCAAACGCCUGGAGCAGAGCGGCUCGGCAUCCGAUCUCGACGCACGUUUCUCGCCUGGUCUAAUUGCCACGAUUGUUUCGCUAUAUGCACAACAAGGUCGUCCAGGCGCUUCAAAGAACGAAUUGGCGAAAGCAGCCGAGUAUUGGCGCAAACCUCAUAAGUCAAAAACAGAAGCUCCGUCGAAAUCUCUCAUGGUCGCUGCGGGUACUGCACUUCUUGAUACGCACAACCCCGAAAAUGUCAAGUCUGCGGGAGAGAUUUUCAAGGGCUUGUAUGAUCAAGACAAUGAUGACCGAGCAGCCAUUGCCGGCCUAGUUGCAGCAUACAGCAUCACCGAUCCGUCGUCAAUCCCUGCAGAACUUCUAUCAUAUCUGCCAGAAGCCAACCGUCUGGUAUCCGACAUUGACGCAGUUGAGCUCGAGAAAGUCGGCGUGCCAUUAGGCACUCUUACAUCGGUCAACCUUGGAGCUGUAUCACAGAAGCGCAGCGCACCCACCAAGGAAGCACCUUCAAGAGCGAAGAGACUACGCAAAGCAAGGAUGCCAAAGGACUACGAAGAGGGCAAGAAAGUGGACCCCGAACGAUGGCUGCCAAUGCGCGACAGGAGUUACUACCGUCCCAAGGGACGCAAAGGAAAGAAGAGGGCCGAAGGUCUCACACAGGGUGGUGUCGUGGAGAAUGAGAAGGGCACACCGGCUGCUCAAGAGAAGAAGGCUGGUGUGGACAAGGGUAAGGGUAAGAAGAAGGGUAAGGGCAAAUGGUGA